AAUACCAAUAAACAGAAUUCCUGAGCUGCUAAAUAAAAACAAAUAUUGGAAGAAGAGAAUCUGAAAAUAAUCCACCUGAGAAUAACCCGUUUUUUCUUGAUGACCACGUUACCAGAACUGUUGUAAACAAACUUCCUGUAGAUUCGAUUCAUGAUUGAUUAUGGCGUAUUUCCGGUCGACCUCUAGGUGGUGCUUCCAGUCCUCACCUUCCCCUCCCCGCUCUCCGGGCGGCGGUGGGCGGGGUUAAGGUUCACAAUGGUGGGGUGUUUACGGCGGCGGCUCCCCGGAGGUUGUCCCGCCGUCUGACCAAUUAUUUUCCCUCCAAACCGCCCCGGCGGGUUCACGGUUCCUCGGGGAGGAGAGUCCCGGCGGCGCUCAGAUGCUGGAGUCCGGGAAAGUUGUUCUGUCGGCGGCGGUGAGCAGCGAGGAGCCGCCGGAGGGAGGAGAAUAACGGUCCGUUAGCCGGAUGUUAGCUUCCCGGUCCGGUAGCCGACGCCAUGGACCGCGGGUCCUUCUCCCGGUACUCCUGGAUCGACUUCGCCUUCUCGGUGGUCGGGGUGUGCACCUUCCUGCUGGACUGGGGCUCCGACGUGUGGGUGGCCACCGAGCUGUACCUCCGGGGGGAGCUGCUCUGGUUCGGGCUGCUGGUCGGCCUCAUGGGGCUCUCCUCCGUGGUGGUCCAGAUGUUCAGCUGGUUCUGGUUCCGCUACGACCGGGAGCUGCCGGGCUUCGGGGGACAGACCGGGGCCGGGACGGUGCUGUUCGGGGACCGGGCGAAGCUGUUCUGCCUGCUGCACGUGCUGCAGCUGGGCUUCCUGUGCAGGCACAUCUCGGCCAUCCGUCAGGGCUUCAAGGUGUGGUGGAGGAAGCAGGAAGGAUCGGAGUACGCCGUCUACCUGAGCCACGAUCUGAGCAUGCUCCGUCUGAUCGAGACCUUCUGUGAAAGCGCUCCUCAGCUCACCCUGAUGAUCUACGUCAUGCUGAGGACCAACAAGGCCCGCACUGUGCAGUUUGUGAGCGUGGUGGCGUCGGCUAUGUCUAUCGCCUGGAUGGUGGUGGACUACCACCGCUCUCUGCGCUCCUUCGUCCCCGAUAAGGCCAAGCAGGGCUGGGGCUCGUCGCUGGUCUACUUCCUGUGGAACCUGCUGCUCAUCGCCCCCCGGGUGGCGGCGCUCGCCCUGUUCUCGGCGGCGCUGCCCGGAUUCGUGGCCGUCCACUUCCUGCUGCUGUGGUCGGCCUUCCUGCUGUGGGUCUGGAAGCAGCGCACCGACUUCAUGGACAGCGCCGGCGGGGAGUGGCUGUACCGGGCCACCGUGGGCCUCAUCUGGUACUUCAGCUGGUUCAACGUGGCCGAGGGCCGGACCCGGGGGCGGAGCCUCAUCUACCACGCCUUCAUGACGGCGGACGGCGGGCUGCUGCUGGGGACCUGGUGGUUCUACCGGGACCCGGUGCAGACGGAGGCGUACGGCCCGGCGCUGCUGCUGGCGCUGCCCCUCACCUCCCUGCUGGGGCUGCUGUUUAAAGCCCUGUACUACUGCUGCUUCCACCCCCGGCUCUGGAGGCCCCCGCUCAGGGACCCGGUCCGGGACCUGCCCGACGCCCAGGUCACCUUCAGGGACGCCUCCAUCCAGGACGACUCGCUGUCCUCACAGCUGACCAACCGACGGAUGGCUCGCCACGCUGCACACUUCUACUUAGACGGAAGGACGUCUGGAGGAACCGACGGAGGAACUAAUGGAGGAACCGACGGAGGAACUAAUGGAGGAACCGACGGAGCCGAGACAUCGCAGCUGUGACCCGAUUAUUAUUAUUAUUAUCAUUAGUUCUGCUGGAAACGGCUGUUCAAGAGCUGUUAGGUCUAAAAAAUUUCAGGAGACGGAGAAAAUUGUCCGUCAAAUACCAAAACUGGAGACAUUUUUAAAGUGAAAACCAGAACUUUUCAUUAUUUUCUGACAUUUUAUCCACAAAUGUAGCUGUAAACGACGAUUAUUCUGAAAACUAGAGCUAAAACUGUCAUUUUCUUGAAUAACUAUUUGGUAAAAUCAGUUUUCCCUAUUAAUCCAGUAGUUGUUUGGUCUCUAAAAUGUCAGAAAAUGGGGAAAAAUGUUCGUCAGUGUUUCCUGAAACCAAAGAUUUGAGACAUUUUUUACUCUUACUUGUUUCUCUUGGAAUGUACUUGAUCUUUGGUGGAUGUAAAGGCACAAUUUUCAUAAUUUUAUAGACAGAAAUUACCUGAACCCUAUGAUUAUUUUCAAAAUUACAGCUGAAACUAAGGGAAAAAACAUAAAUACCAAAAAUAGAAGAUAUGUAUUUUUCCCUUUUAAAAAAAAUACCUAUUUUAGUUACAGUUUCUGGCUUUUAUUUUGAAAAUACAGCAACAACAACCUGGUUUUGUGUAACUCAAACAACAAUUAUCUGAAUAUUUUAGUCAAUUUUAAAUCUGGAACAUUUAAAUUAAUUGGUAAAAGUCACAGAUGUGUGGUUUUCUACUAAUUUUAUAUGAAAUUAAAGUUUUUAAUAUUUUUAUUAUGAAAAAAAUCCCAACAUUCAGCAUAAAUGGUCUCUGCCUUAAUCUGAGAUAUUUUAAUAUUUGAAGCUCAUUUCUAAUCCAAACUUUGGUGCUUUUUCUAUGAAAUAAAUCAUAUUUUAUUACUUUAGGUACGCAGUUCUAUUUUUACUUGUUAAAAUGGGGAGGAAAAAAAACAAGUGUUUAGAUAUUUUAGUUACAGUUUCUGCCUUUUAUUUUGAAAAUACAGUAUAAAAUACAACCUGGUUUUGUGUAACUAUUAAAUUUAAUAGUUACUGAUGAAAAAUAAAAAAUCUGAAUAUUUUGGUCCAUUUUAAACUUGGAACAUUUAGAUUAACUGCUAAAAAUGACAGAUUUGUGGUUUUCUAUGAAGUAAAGUUUCUAAAUGAUUUUAUUUUGUUAAACCUCUGAAUGUAAAUUUACCAAUAAGUUCCUCUUUUUUAAAUUCUUGUUCUGUUACAUUGAACAGGUGAUGUUUACUUCCUGUUUGUAAACUCUGAUCAGUGUUUGUUUGUUUAUUUCAGGUUCAUUUAACCUUUUCAGAUUCAUCAGUUUGUUGUUUUACUCGUUGAAACUUCUAGUUUUCUGUUUUUACCUCGUCGGUUCUGUAAAAUUAUUAAAGCUGUUGUUAUUUA